CUACUUCGAGUACAAACCUGUCUUCACCAUCGGCGUACCACGCAUUUUUGAUACAAUCAAGAAAACGGUGGAGGCAAGGUUGGCGCCACGCGGUUCUCUGGAGCGUCGAAUAUUUGAACAUGCCUUUCAGAGUCGUCUACGGGCGCUGAAGGAUGGAAUGGAGACGCCCUACUGGAACGAGGUGGUGUUUGGGCCUUUUCGCUAUCUGCUUGGUGGGAAGAUGCGCACGAUGCUUUCAGCUGGCGGUCCCAUUAGUGCUCCCACACAAACUUUUCUCAAUGUCGUUUUUGGGUUAAUGGUUCAGGGUUGGGGUCUCACAGAGACCGUUUGUGUAGGGACAAAACAGCUCUGCGGCGACAUUGAAACCGUCGUGGCAGGACAACAGGAGCGCAUAUGCGAGAUGUGUCUUUUGGAUGUGGAUGAGUACAAGCACACGGACACCCCCGAGCCGCGGGGGGAGAUUCUUCUGCGGGGCCCGUUCCUCUUCAAGGGCUACUACAUGCAGGAAAAACUCACGCGAGAGGCUCUUGACGAGGAUGGCUGGUUUCACACGGGUGAUGUUGGCAGCAUCACAACACAUGGACGCUUGCGUAUUAUUGGCCGUGUGAAGGCACUGGCGAAGAAUGUGCUGGGAGAGUACAUUGCGAUGGAGGCACUGGAAUCCAUGUAUGCACACAACGCACUCUGCAUGCCUAAUGGUGUGUGUGUGCUUGUCCAUCCUGCUCGUUCGUACAUUUGCGCGCUGGUGCUGACAGAUGAGACAAAGGCUAUGAUGUUUGCGAAGGAGCACGGCAUUGAGGGCAGCUAUCCGGAUAUCUUGCGUGACCCGGCGUUCCAGCGCAAGGCCACGGAGUCCAUGCAGGCAACGGCACGAAAGGCAGAUCGGCAGAAAUUUGAGUGUGUACGGCAUGUGCGUGUCGUUGGUGAUGAGUGGACGCCUGAGAAUGAGAUACUCACGGCGGCUGGCAAACUGAAGCGCCGCGAAAUUGACAAGCGGUACGCCGACGUCAUUCAGCUAAUGUUUGUGGAGGAGUGUUAG